AUGGCAUCUUCGUCGUCGCAAAAGCCAUCCGAGGGCAUCGGCAUGCAUCAUCAAGAUAGUGCCAUACAUCUCGGCGACGGCUCGACGUCGCCAUACCCACAACAACCAGCCCCUGAACACCACCAUUUGUCGACGGAUUCUGAGCCCUCACCACCCGACAACGACGACGAGGCUGGCUUUUCUUCAGACUCAGCCUUCGACAGCGGAAGUCUCCUUGGCGACGAGACAAAUUCGCUUGCGUCGUCCAUUCUUAACCAUCGUAUUGAAAAUGGACGGCAAUACCACGCGUACCGAGACGGCGCAUACUGGGGACCGAACGAUGAGCUCGCCAAGGAGAUAUUGGACUUCGCUCACCACAUGUAUCUCCUGACGCUUGACCAGAAAUUGCAUCUUGCGCCUCUACAAAACCCACAAACAAUACUAGACUGCGGCACAGGCACUGGCAUAUGGGCAAUUGACAUGGCAGACCAAUAUCCUUCUGCGAUCGUGACCGGUACAGACCUUUCUCCCAUACAACCCGAAUGGGUCCCACCCAACUGUCACUUCGAAAUCGACGAUGUCUCGCUCGAGUGGACAUUUCCGCCGAACCACUUCGAUUUCAUACACAUUCGCGAACUCUUCGGUUGCAUACCAGACUGGGACUUCUUCUUCCAGCAAGCCUACCGACACACCAAACCUGGUGGCUGGAUAGAGAUCGUCGAGCACUCAGUGUGCCCGAUAUCCGACGAUGACACAAUGGGUCCAGAUCACUUCUACCAUACGUGGGGGAAGGUUGUUGUUGAGAUGGGCGAUCGCUUCGGCAAGACCUUUACCAUAUGGGAAGAGAGCGCCGAGAGGAUCAAACGAGCUGGUUUUGUGGAUGUGACAGUCAUGGAGUAUAAAUGGCCUAUGAACGGCUGGCCAAAGGAUAAGGAUCUCAAGAAUAUUGGACGAUGGAACCAAUUGCGGUUGAUGGACGGGGUCGAAGGCUUCAUGCUGCGAUUGUUGACACAGGUCGGAGGUUGGUCCGUUGCACGAGCACAAGUGCAUCUAGCGCAGAUGCGCAAGGAGCUGAAGAGCUACCGCGCUCACGCAUACUUACCUGGAACCGUUGUCUAUGCCCGGAAGCCCCUAUGA